CGAUUGGUCCUGAGUCUGAGUCCCUUGUUUGUUUGGUCGCGCAUUUUAGGCUUUGAAACGUGUUGAAGAAGUUGCCGCUGCAGAGUUGUUCAGAUCAUGGACGGGCAUGAUUCAGAAGACCCAAAGCAAAGCACUGCUGAUAUGACAGCUUUUGUGCAAACUCUUCUUCAGCAGAUGCAAGUUAGAUUCCAGACAAUGUCUGACUCCAUAAUUACAAAGAUUGAUGAGAUGGGAAACCGUAUAAAUGAGUUGGAGCAAAGCAUCAAUGACCUAAGAGCAGAGAUGGGAGUGGAGAGCACUCCAUCACCUGCGGCCCCUGCUAAGCCAAAGGAAGAAGAGUCGAAAAAAGAAGAGGGUUCCGCUUAAGUAAUGUUUCGUGUGCAACUGCAUUUUUUUUUUAAUUGUCUAGUAAUACAUCAGGGUUUUGUUCAGCAGUUCAGAGUCCAGUUAUUUGGCAUGUACCCAUCAGUGCACUUUCUCUUUUGUACCUUAAUCUGUCUUAACUGUUCAAAAAAAAAAAAAAAAAGAAGUAUGUGCACUGCUGCGACUAAUGGUCUGCCUUUUCUUUCUAAUUCGAGAUGACUAGAUUAGGUGCUACAUUUACUUCCGUGUUGUUUCCUUCUUUCCCCUUUGCAUUUUCUGGGUUGUUACCGCUUAUUAGUUUUCUGAUUGUACUAGUGCGAAAUGAUAUAUGGCAGUUUUAUCAAAAAAACAAGC